UGACUUUGCUGGGCUGCGGGUUGACUUCCGGAGGAUGGGAAUUACUUCUGGUUCGAACCCGGAAGUGGAGGCCGAGGACGGAGCGGUGGGUGUUUCGUGCUGCUGUUACCCAUUAGCGGUUGGGCUCUCUUUGCUGGGCUCGAUGCAUCCGCGGCGCCCUGAAGGCUUCGACGGCCUGGGCUACCGGGGCGGCCGGGAGGAGCAGGGAGGCUUCGCGGCCAAGCCGGACCUAGGCCAUUGGGUCAGCACCCCGCCUGACAUCCCCGGUAGCCGCAACCUGCACUGGGGGGAGAAAACCCCGCAGUUCGCCGCCGGGACCCCACUAGGGGCUGCCGGGCUCAAUGAAGACAUUUAUUCUGGAGCUGCCGGCGCCAGUUCUGAACAGUUGAAUAGGUUUGCAGGCUUUGGGAUUGGUCUGGCAAGUUUGUUUACAGAGAAUGUGCUGGCCCAUCCUUGUAUUGUUCUGCGUCGACAGUGCCAGGUUAAUUAUCAUGCCAGGAAUUAUCAUCUCACUCCGUUUACUAUUAUCAACAUCAUGUAUAGCAUCAAUAAGGCCCAGGGCCCAAAAGCUCUUUGGAAAGGAAUGGGAAGCACUUUCAUUGUUCAGGGCAUAACCCUUGGAGCAGAAGGGAUCCUCAGUGAAUUCACACCUCUGCCAAGAGAGCUUUCAUAUAAGUGGAGUAUCCGACAAAUAGGAGGACAUCUUUUGCUGAAAGGGGUGACCUAUGUGAUAGCAAUGCCUUUUUAUUCUGCAAGUCUGAUUGAAACUGUGCAAAGUGAAAUUAUUCGGGAUAAUCCUGGGAUCUUAGAUUGCCUAAAAGAGGGUAUAGGCCGAGCAAUGGGUUUUGGAGUGCCCCAUAGCAAACGGCUGCUCCCUCUUCUGGCACUGACCUUUCCUACUGUUCUGCAUGGAAUUCUGCAUUACAUCAUUAGUUCCAUUGUCCAGAAAAUAGUCCUUGUACUUCUAAAAAAGGAAAAUCCUUCCAGUCUCACAACAGAAGGCACCAGUUCUGUGCAAAGCAUGCUGGAUGCUUAUUUUCCAGAACUUAUUGCUAGCUUUGCUGCCAGCCUUUGUGCUGAUGUCAUGCUGUACCCACUGGAGACAGUCUUACACCGCCUUCACAUUCAAGGGACCCGCACCAUCAUUGACAAUACAGACCUUGGAUAUGAAGUUCUUCCUAUCAAUACUCAGUAUGAAGGAAUGAGAGACUGCAUCAAUACAAUAAAGCGUGAAGAAGGCAUAUUGGGAUUUUACAAAGGGUUUGGGGCUGUGGUUGUACAAUAUACAUUACAUGUAGCUUUGUUACAGCUCACUAAAAUUCUUUAUUCCACACUGCUUCAGAAUGUUUCUUAAGGGCUAAUAGAUAAUGCCCCUUGAAAAUUCACAUCUUGAACUGAUAAGCAAAUGAAAUCUGAAAGAUUAGAAUUCACAGUGAUAGUUUCUUACCAGAUAGGAUGCUCCUUUGUAAAUAGAGACACAAAUUCUCCUAUGUCCUUUACACAGUACCUGAUCAGAGGAAGAUGAAAAGAUGGCUUUUAAAAUGGUGAAAUAUCUGAUGAGAAAAUAUUUUAAAAUCUCUGUUGUUUGGAGGGUAUGAUUUGCAGACAGUUAUUGAUAUAGCUUCAAACAAUCCUACUGGCUGUUUCUUCAGCAUAACCUCCAUUUGAAAUGAAUGGUACCUCUACAGAAGUACUACUGUACUUCCCUCCAAAAUGCCUUUUCUGAGGCAGUUGCACAAUGGAUUACUUUUUCGUUUCUGCCUGUGUCUUCAAAUGAGAAUUACAUUGACUAUAUUUGGAUGCUUUCAAAAACUGGGUAGAAUGAAUUUUGUCAGUGCUUACUAUUGUUUUUGUUUGUUUUUUCAUGUAGCUGCUCUACAAAAGGAUUAAAGUCCCAGUAUUUUUAAAACAUUGUUAUGGUCAAGGACAUCAAUAUUGGAUUUCCAUUGGUAUAAUAGCAUGAUAAUGAUUUCUUCACAUUUUUCUGGAAAACACCAUGUGAUGUCAGCAAGCAGCUAAAUUGCUGUUGCUUUUUCUAAAGAGAAAUGUCUGUGAUUAAAAUUGAUAAGAAUCUUAGUUACGGAUGCUCCCCAAGUUUAGCUUUAGAAGGGGAAUAUUAAUAGGAAUGCAAAGCAGAAGCAGAAUGUCAUAAAAAUAAAAACUGGGAAGUCAAUCCUUUAGAAUACAUGGCAGGAGGUACUGUUGAAAUCUAAUGGACCUCACUCUCCCAAGAAAUACUGUAUGGUUUGUGUAUGAGUAUUCAGUCAUAAGCCUUUCAUUAGCAUUUAUUUCCAAAUUUUACUCAAUUACAAAAGGACUCACUAGCCUCUCAUGUAGUCAGUUUUUAAACUGUCAACACUGAAGUUCCUCUGAAAGAUCCAUGAGUGAAUUUGGUGGUAUUUUGCUUUCUAGCAAACCCUCUAUUUGUGGUUUUAGCCAUGUACACCUUUUAUUUAUUUUUCAGGAGUAGGUAGGCUGUAGAGCAGAGCUCUGCUGCCUGUUUUAAUAUAAAGCACUGAAAUUUAUUUGCUGUCUAAAAGCACGGAUUAGGCUUUAUAAGUACUAAUGCUGAUCACUAAAUGUCCUAUUUUGCUUCUGUGUCAAUGCUUGAUCUAAUGGAGGUUUUUAGAAAGAUGUGUUUGCAAUACACUAGCAUGCUAAAACAACCCUUGGAAAGCUCCUGGCUUUCUUACAAACAAACAUGUAUUAUAAGAGACUUGGUGUAUCUGUGUGAAUCCAGUAAAUUAAUGUGCAUAUUCAGACUUCAUGUACAGAAGCUUUUGUUUACAAAUGGCUGUAAACAAAGUCAUUGACCAGUUUUGUCACAAAUCAAAUGUGUGCCCGAGUUGCAUUAAAGAACAAUUGCUUUGCAUAUA